AUGAGUGCGGUUCACACCUUACUCCAAGGGGUCCAUGGUGCACGCUUCGCCGCGGGAGAAGUUGGAAACGACGCCAACAAAAAGGCGGGCGCGGGCGCGGGCACGGGCACGGGCGCGGGCACGGGCGCGGGCGGGGGGCGGGGCGGGUCGGGCACGCGCACCUGCGCCCUACGUCACCGCCCGCCGCUCGGCGCCUGCUCCGGGACCGCCCCGCCCCCCGCUCGGCCCCGCCCCCUGCCUGACGUCAUCCAACGCCCCGCCCACAGGGCGGCCGCCCCGGCUCCCCCGCGCUGGGCUCCCCGGGGCCCCCCCCACGCCGCCGCCGCCGCCGCCGCGCCGCCCUCCGUGUUUGCGCCGGAGCCCGCCCGGACCGGGAUCAUCGGGCUCGCCGGGGCCGGGACCGGGACCGGGACCGGGACCGGGACCGGGGCCUCCCGCCUGGGCGCGGCCUGCCCCUCGGACUGCAGCGACGACGGGGAACCGCUCAACGGCGAGCCCGAGCUCGACCUCACCAGCAAGUUGGUGCUGGUGAGCCCCACGUCCGAGCAGUACGACAGCCUCCUUCGGCAGAUGUGGGAGAGGAUGGAUGAGGGCUGUGGGGAGACGAUAUACGUCAUCGGACAGGGAUCAGAUGGCACAGAGUACGGGCUGAGCGAGGCGGACAUGGAGGCAUCCUACGCCACGGUGAAGAGCAUGGCGGAGCAGAUCGAGGCGGACGUCAUCCUCCUGCGGGAGCACCUGGAGGCCGGGGGCCGAGUCCGCGACUACCUCGUCCGGAAACGGGUCGGGGACAAUGACUUCCUGGAGGUCAGGGUAGCAGUCGUGGGCAACGUGGACGCGGGCAAGAGCACCCUGCUGGGCGUCCUGACUCACGGGGAACUGGACAACGGCCGGGGCUUUGCCCGGCAGAAGCUGUUCCGCCACAAGCACGAAAUCGAGUCGGGCCGCACCAGCAGCGUGGGCAACGACAUCCUGGGCUUCGACAGCGAGGGCAACGUGGUGAACAAGCCCGACAGCCACGGCGGCAGCCUGGAGUGGACCAAGAUCUGCGAGAAGUCCACCAAAGUCAUCACCUUCAUCGACCUGGCCGGCCACGAGAAGUACCUGAAGACCACCGUCUUCGGCAUGACCGGCCACCUGCCGGACUUUUGCAUGCUCAUGGUGGGCAGCAACGCAGGGAUCGUGGGGAUGACCAAGGAGCACCUGGGCCUGGCUCUGGCCCUCAAUGUUCCCGUCUUUGUGGUGGUCACCAAGAUCGACAUGUGUCCCGCCAACAUCCUGCAAGAGACCCUGAAGCUUUUGCAGCGGCUGCUGAAGUCCCCCGGCUGCCGGAAGAUCCCCGUUCUGGUCCAGAGCAAGGAUGACGUGAUCGUGACGGCCUCCAACUUCAGCUCAGAAAGGAUGUGCCCGAUCUUCCAGAUCUCCAACGUCACAGGCGAGAACCUGGAGCUGCUCAAGAUGUUCCUCAACCUCCUAUCCCCACGCACCAGCUACAGGGAAGAAGAGCCGGCCGAGUUCCAGAUCGACGACACGUACUCCGUCCCGGGCGUGGGGACCGUGGUGUCCGGGACAACCCUGAGGGGCCUAAUCAAGCUGAAUGACACACUGCUCCUGGGCCCCGAUCCCCUCGGCAAUUUCCUGUCCAUCGCCGUCAAAUCUAUCCACCGCAAGCGCAUGCCUGUCAAGGAGGUGCGCGGGGGCCAGACCGCCUCCUUCGCCCUGAAGAAGAUCAAGCGCUCCUCCAUUCGGAAAGGGAUGGUGAUGGUGUCCCCGCGGCUGAACCCCCAAGCCUCCUGGGAGUUUGAGGCGGAGAUCCUGGUCCUCCAUCACCCCACGACCAUCAGCCCCCGCUACCAGGCCAUGGUGCACUGUGGGAGCAUCCGCCAGACGGCCACCAUCCUCAGCAUGGACAAGGACUGCCUUCGCACGGGGGACAAGGCCGCCGUGCACUUCCGCUUCAUCAAGACCCCCGAGUAUCUGCACAUAGACCAGCGGCUCGUCUUCCGGGAAGGCCGCACCAAGGCAGUGGGCACCAUCACCAAGCUCCUCCAGACGUCCAAUCACUCGCCGAUGAACUCCAAACCGCAGCAGAUCAAGAUGCAGCCCACGAAAAAGGGGCCGCCCCCGAGCAAGCGGGAGGACGGGGGGCUGCCGAGCGGGCUGGCAGCCGGGGGCCCCGCCGUCGGAGAGGAGGCUCCCCCCCUGGGGGCCGCUCAGCCAGCGGCCUCUGGAGCCCUCCAGUCACAGACGGCACUGGACGAGGAGCCCCACAGCCGCGAGGGCAGCAAGCCCAAGGUCAGCGGCGGGGGCCGGCGGCGAGGGGGCCAGCGCCAUAAGGUCAAGUCCCAAGGGGCCUGCGGGACUCCGGCCAGUGGCUGCUGAGCGCUCCACCCCUGAUCCAGCCCCGCCUCCACCGCCUGGCGGGUUUUCCGUGCCCACCUGCCCACUCCGUAUCUCGUCCGAAAGACGGUCCAGAGCAGCUUUAACCAAAAUCCACCAGCCUCCCUGCCGUGACUGGAGCCUCCCCCCUCCCCACGUUGUCCCCCUUUCCUGUCUUGUUCCACCCCCCCACCCGCUGUGACCAGCGGGGUUGUAAUUUAUAAGCUAACGAAGGUGGCCAGAUGAACCUGGGACUGCCAGCCCCCCUCCACCUUCCUCCUUCCCCUUCUCUCCCCGACACAUCUUUUUGUACAUCUUGGGUCCCUAGUUUUUAUUCUUCUUCUUGUAUAUGUAUAUUGUGUGUGUGUGCGUGAAGAUGGAGACUAGGCCGGGCGGAGAAACGAUGGUCAGUUUCUCUCCCCCUCCCUCUCUUUCUCCCCACCGUCCCCCAACGGUCACCCCACAUCUGGGCCCUGACUAGAUGCCUCAGUGGGAUGCGGGAGGCAUGGAGCUGGGGGCGGCCAGGCAGGGGGUGGCCCUCCUGGCUCCCGCCUCUCCCAGUCUCCAUUUCUUUGAAAACCCAGGGGACCGGGCUGGUCCUAGAGGACUGGGCCAGGGGUCGCGGAGCGGAGAGCCGGCAAGAAAAACAGCAGCUGCCGUGGAGAGGUGGGAGUCGGGGACAGACCCACACUAUAUUUUAAAGGGGAUGGAGAGAGUAAACAGUGGGUUCUCCAUCCCGGCCCCCCCGCGCCCUUUUCUCCUCACCCCAGGAACUGGGGAUGCCAAAAGCUCUUAAACUUUUAAAUCAGUAGAUGUGAGGGUGGGGAGACUGACACCCCCAUCACCCCCCCCCACCCCAAAGAUGACCCAAAGAUGGGUGUCAGUUUUCCCUCCUUAGAGACAAUCCUUAAGUCCUGUCGUCCC